AUGGGAAUUCCACAAAGACACCGAGAGCUACCGCCCACAGCGAUAGAUGGUGGCGCAGAGAAGACCGCUUGGGAAAUCUACAACGAGCGCGCCAACAUUGUAGACCGGGAGCUCAUCAGAGACUGGAAUGAGAGCUUGAAUACCCUUCUCAUUUUUGCGGCGCUUUACUCGGCAAUUCUCACUGCAUUCAUCAUUGAAAGCAUGAAGCUACUUGAAGAGGAUAUGCAGGAGUCAACAAGAGAUAUACUGCUCACCAUCUCGCAGCAACUCGCCAACUCGACUACCGGCCCCUUUGGGCGUAGUAAAUUCGAGCCGGAGGCUUGGGCAAUACGUGUAAAUUACUACUUCUUCACGAGCAUAUCGUGCAGUUUGAUCGCCGCGUUAGGAGCGGUGCUUGCGCUACAGUGGGUUGGAUCCUACGAUAUCGGUCUGACUCGUCCAUCGCCAAAACUUCGCGCCAUACAGCGACAACUGCGUUUCAAUGGCGCUGAAAAGUGGAAACUUGGACAAAUAAUUUCUAUACUACCCCUCCUAAUCUUUGCCUCGUUGUUCCUUCUGUUCAUCGGGCUUGUUGAGUGGCUCUGGCACAUUCACCGGAAAAUUGCGUGGGUAGUUAUCGCUGGUAUUGUCGUUGCAGGUCUGUUUUACAUCGUGAGUCAUAUAAUUAGCAUGCUCGACGUGUCCGCCCCUUUCCGUACGCCAAUCUCUCGAUCACUUCCUUUCGCCAUCCUGAGGGGGUAUUCUUGGAUUUCUCUUGGUGUACGUCGUCUAUUUCAUUGGGUGCAAGAGAAGAAUCGACCUCCAAACCGCCGCGUUGGGAGUUCUAUUCCACAAUUCAGACGGACAAUGAUGCAGGCAAAAGCGAAGCUACAGAAGUGGCCAGCGAAGCUCUCCAGAAUACCUGCCAAGCUAUGGAAGGCGAUAUCGAAUCCCCCGACUGCUUACCCCUUUGAGCAGCAGGAGCGUCAAAUCCUCGAAUCUCAUACAUAUAUACAACGGGAUAGUAUCCUGUGGCUCGCUCGGAACAUUGACGACGUUCCAGUCUCACGUCCUCAUUUCCUGGCCUUACUCAAAGAGGCAAUCACGUUGCCUGUUGAACAACUUAUGGCCCCAGAAAUGGAUGCGGCACCCUGGACGGCAAUAUUCAGGAAUGUUUUUAAUGAUUAUGAUCCCGAGGUUUUGCGGAGUGAAACACCUCCUGAAGAACUGAAAUCUCUUCUGGAAGCAGCGCUGCUGAUAGGGAGUCAUAGUCAUCUGCCAUUAGACUUGCCUUUACUGCAGCACCCGAUAUCUGAGCUUGGCCAGGGCAAUCUUUCUACAUGGGUUUUACUUACAGUAUGGAGACAGUUUGCAUACUAUUACGGAACACCCAGUGACACCCUUCAGCACCCACUGGCCCAGCUCGUGCUGACGAACUCUGUGUCAAUCCGCGACCUUUCAGACCAGAUGGUCUAUAUGAUUCUACAUCGCACUCGCCAUCAAAAACGCAGUUCAGCGAACGGAUUUCCCAUGCUUGUCGACAUAUGGUGGGUUCAGAGAUUGAUACAUCCUCUCAUGAGUCCACAGCCCUCGGAUAAUCAGCGACGACUGUCGGCCACAGCGCUCGAGCUCCUUAUGGCCAUUUCAGUGGCCGCUCACAAACUCUCGUCUGACGAGUUUUCCAAACCUGAUACUUUUUACAAGACCUCUACUACCACUUGGAAUCAGUAUUGUGAGACUCUCAUAAGCGAGCCUGGAGAUCCCUAUCGAGAGAUGAUGCUAACUUACCACUCUGUGAUCAUCUUACAAUGGAUAGAGCAUGCCCGUAGCUCUGUCGACGCUGAACAGCGAGCUUUAUACUUGACGAAGCGUGUCGCUGAAGUCAGAACAUCGGUCCUCAACAGUGUACGCCCUAAUAUCUUCAAAUUUCUCCAGGAUGCUGCUUGGGACCGCCACACGCUACAACUCAUUGGUUCCGUCAUCUCUUCGACGAUUCAACCUUAUAGCGCAUCUCCUGCAGAUUGGUGGAUCGAAGUUAUAACCCAAUGUGAUCAGCUGCUGGCAGAAGAAAUCCAAAGUCAAGAUUGUGUGGUUUCGCUUCUCAUGCGUGCAGCGGAAGCAACUGAAUACGCAAUCCAAUCCCACGCUCAGGCGUCGCCACCGCCAAUAGUUCAUUCAGGCCUACUGAUUUUGGCCUCAGUGAUACUUCCCAAUCAAUACUCCUUGGAACCUUUGAAGUGCAUGACUAUAUCUGAAGUUUGCGAAUGUGAAUACUGGCCCAAGCUUCUCCGCAAAUGGUGCGAGAACUAUGAACGUCCGUCAAGUGGUGAUAUUCAGUCUGAAUGCAUCGUACUCAGCGAGAUAGCCAAAAUCAGUAAACGGAGAAUUCUGGAGACCGAGGGCUGGGAACAGACACGAGAAGAUUUAAUCACGGAAUACAUUGAGAGGCGGGAUGAUAAGGCAGCUUACUGGGAGUCCAUUCUUGCGGACCAUUUGCAAGGUCUCUUAUCCACCAGCGACUUCGAUUGUGUCUCAAUGCUGUGCCGUAUUCAAGACGUUCCAACCUUUCCAGACCAAUUCUUUGAGGUUGGGGGUCAAGAAUGGGUGAUCAAUCGUUUAAAUGGGAAACAGUCUCACUCAGAAUUUCCGAAUCUUGUGGCCUGGUGCAUCAAACAAUCCUCAUCCAUCCGUACCCUUCGUAGUAGUAUGGAACUGGCUGCAAUAUUUCUCGAACUCAUGGAGACGGAUAAUGAUGAGGCAGUAGCUGACCUCUUACAGCAAAUCCCUCGAGCGCUCAAAGUAAUACUGAAUGCAUCCACCAAUGGCUCCCAACUCCUUACAUCCUACUACAGCGUCGGCAUGCGCUCGAUGGCCAUACAAGGAUGGCCGAACGACGUCAGAGCGGAGAUGGAAAGACUCAUAAAGGCGUACAACCGGGGAUACCUCAUUUCCUCACCUGCCGAAGGCCAUGUGCGGCUGGUUCGAGAUCCAGAUAGUCACUGCACUCGAGGGUACUAA